CUUAGCAGAGCGCGAGGUAAACACACCGCAACUCGUCAAACCGAGCGUUCGGCUGCUGCUUUUCGGCGAAUUAUUUCGUUCAAAAUGGCUAAAUGGGGCGAAGGCGAUCCUCGGUGGAUUGUGGAGGAGCGACCGGAUGCUACCAAUGUUAAUAACUGGCACUGGUCUGAAAAAAAUGCCAGUGGUUGGAGCAAAGAGAAGAUUAAGAGCUUGUUUGAGGGCAUGGUGUUGGAGGAACCAGGACUUGCCAAAGUAACCAUCAAGGAAGUGUCUAAGUGUGAUGGGGAAGCCAUGGUCAACAACCGCAAAGGGAAGCUCAUCUUCUUCUAUGAGUGGGACAUCAAGAUGGACUGGGUGGCCAAGAAGGAGGAUGAGCCCAAGAAGGACAUCAAGGGCCACAUCCAGAUACCCAAUCUCUCUGAGGAGAAUGAGCCAUGCGAGAUUGAUGUGUCUGUAAGUGUGACGGCUGGAGGCUCAGCAGGAGAUGAUGUGAAAGAGUUCCUGAGAAAGAAGUGUGAGAAAGUGAUACAAUCAAAAGUUGCAGAUUAUAUCACUGCUCUGAAGAGAGAGUAUGCCACUGACUUAAUCCUGCCAACGAAGGGACAAGCUGUGACAAAGCAAAGUAAAACAAUCCUAUCUCCACCUCCUUCUGAGAACUCGCUAUCGGCUAAUGUUACAAAUACUACAAAUAAUAUGCAGAAAAUGGGACUGGGCUGUAAAAUAGACACAUCCCAAAUUACACUGACUGAACGUUUCAAGUGCACUGCUGAUGACAUCUACAGAGCGCUUACUGUGAGGGAGAUGGUGGUUGCGUUCACAAGAGGUGACGUAAAGUUGGAUGUUGUAAAGGGCGGCAAAUUCGAGUUAUUUGGUGGCAAUAUCUCAGGAGAAUAUGAGAGUCUAGAACCAAACAAGCAAAUUGUACAGAAGUGGCGGUUUAAGACUUGGCCUUCUGGUCAUUAUUCAACAGUUACGCUAGAUAUUCAACAAAAAGAAGAUUCUACAGAAGUUCGUCUAACACAAUCUGGUGUCCCAUCUUCUGAUAUUGACAGGACGAAAGAAGGCUGGAAGAACUAUUAUUGGGAUAGUAUUAAACGAACCUUUGGUUUCGGUGCAAUGCUCAUAUGAGGCGCUGCUGCCGUUGCGGUCAACGUCAUCAUUAUCUGGCGCCAGGCACUCUACCCUCCCAUGGCUGACACUAAAGUGAUAUUAUUUGUCGAUAAUAUUCGAUAGCAGAGCACCUUCUCUUUCCUGCCUGCAAAUGGGGAGUCAUUCUCUUGGGAAGAACGGAAGCCAUGUGUUAUUGAUAAUCAUUUUUUUGCAUUUUUCUUAUUCUUUUUUUAUCGUGGGAGGUAAAUUUUACCUUCACCUUUCUCAUAUAGAGGUCAGAACAAAAAGCACAAACUGGUAAUUUUAUCAGUUUAAAUGCAUUGCAAAUUUAAUUAUAUCAAAAAGCUUAAUUUAUCCAGCCAAAGGAAAUAAA